CUCAAACUUGAGCUUUGUGAAGAAAAAGAAACAAAUAACAUCCUCAACUUUGAGUUUUUUGUCAAACACAAAUUAAACCCUAAGCCAAAAUGGCUGCUAAGUACCAUGUUAGAUCAAUCAGCUUGCCUUCAAGAUCUCAUCCUACCACUCUCAGAGUUGAAGAGGAGCUGAGCAGGCUCCAAGCAUGGGAGGCUUCUUCAUCUGCUUCAACCUCAGACUCAAUCUGCAGAGCUCUGUGUGGGCUAGAGGAGUUGUAUGAGUGUGUAGAUGAUUUGCUCCACAUGGCAUCAACCCAACAGCUCCUCUCUCAACCCCAACAAGAGAAGUACAUGAAUGAGUUGUUGGAUGGAUCAGUGAGGCUCCUGGACAUCUGCGGAAUUACAAAAGAUGCCAUUUCACAAAUCAAGGAGCAUGCUAGGGCUCUUCAGUCUGCUCUCAGGAGGAGAAAGGGAGACUCAAGCAUUGAAACCGGCAUUGCCAACUACACUUGCUUCAGAAAGAAAAUGAAGAAGGAGGCCAAGAAACUGAUCACAUCAUUGAAGCAAGUUGACAGCAAAAUUGGAGCAUCACAAAUGGUAGAGCAAGAUCAGCAUCUUUCUGCUGUGAUCAGAGUGCUUAGAGAAGCUUGCUCCAAUAACAUGUCCAUCUUCCAAUCACUCUUGGUGUUUUUAUCAGUGCCUGUUUCCAAGCCAAAGUCAAACAAGUGGUCUUUGGUGUCAAAGUUCAUGCACAAGGGAGUGAUAGCAUGUGAAGGGCAGAAGGAAGACAUUAAUGAGAUGGACGGUGUUGAUGCUGCUCUGAACACACUGCGCAAGUCAUCAGCGGCUCCAAUUGAAUGUACUGAUGUUGAGAAGAUUCAAAGUGCACAGAAAAGAUUGGAGGCUUUGGAAGUCACCAUUGAAGGCCUUGACAGUGGUUUGGAAAGCGUUUUCAGGCGCUUGAUUAAAACAAGAGCUUCUCUUUUGAACAUAAUCUCACAGUGAUGAGCUGUCGAAGGCCAUUUUUGCCUCGAAAAUCCAAGGCAUCCACAUUUUAUCAGGAUUUCCUUUGUGAUUAUAAACUUUCGACACAUUGGUAAUAUGUAUAGACAUACAAAUAAUGAAAUACAAUUGAUACCCGAGUUCUUGAA